UACAGAAGAAUAAAUUCGAAGACAAAAAGAGAGAGAUAGAUGGAAAGUAAUGGUGGAGCAGGAGAAGUAAGAAGAGUGAGAUUAGUUUAUUUCCUCAGCCGUGCUGGUCAUGUUGACCAGCCUCAUCUCUUUUCUGUUCAACAUAUCUCCCGUAAUGGUGUCUUCCUUCGAGAUGUGAAGCGAUGGUUAGCGGGUGUACGAGGCGAUGCGAUGCCAGACGCAUAUUCUUGGUCGUGUAAGAGGAGAUACAAGAAUGGAUAUGUAUGGCAAGAUUUAUUGGACGACGAUCUUAUUACACCAAUCUCCGACAACGAAUAUGUGCUAAAAGGAUCUGAGAUUCUCCUAAAACCUCCGAAGGAGGAUUCUCUUCAUGCGGGAAAGAAAGCUUGCGCGACAAGAAACGGUGGUGGCGGCGGAAUAGCCGCUAAGAUGAUCCCCAAAGAAUCUCCGGUCUUUUGCUCUCAGAUAUCGACGUCGACAACGUCGACAGUCACCGACGAAUCAGCCACGAACGUAGAAGACAUGGUCGUACUCAAGAAACCAGACAGGGAAAAAGUAUCCGGUGAAAGAGACGUUUCGACGGGUUACGGGUCGGGUAACAACAUAGAGUCGGGUCGACCCAGUGUAUCGUCCUCGACUUCGUCGUCUUCGAGUUUUGUUAAGAGUAAGAGCUGUUCCAGCUUGCGUGCCUCCCAUGUGCUUAGGAACUUGUUGAAGUGUGGUGGUAUGGACACAAACGAUGUCGUUUUGGUGCCUUUGAACAAGGCUGCGUCUGGGGCUUUUGGUGCGGCUUGGGAAGAUGAACGCAGAUUCCAAUACCACCAACAGCACAAUGCUCGAAAAAGCUUAGAAGGCGCAUGGAGUGGCAUAAAGAUGAAAGAGACAAUUGAAUUUUGUAAACCAAAGGUGGCAUCAAGCAAGCCUUCCAUCAUCGCUCCAUUAUGCUCGCAAUGUGGGAAGUCAUUUAAACCCGAGAAGAUGCAUUCGCACAUGAAAUUGUGUCCAAGGAUGAAGAAUUCAUCGGCAAGGAAUGAUUUGAUGAUGGGAAAAAAUCAGGAUACCGUUAAACCGAGGCAGCAACGGUGCAGAAACAUUCCGGGACAUCAAUGUCUAGUGAGGACCAUUCUUAAAGAGUGAUGAUCCUUAGUCAUAGUUGAUUCUGUAGUUGUGAAAUGGUGCGGAUAAGUGUUUGCCUAGUUCGGUGAAUUUAUCUUUGAUGAAGUGGAUUUGGAUCAUG